GGCAACCUCGCCGCCUCUCUCGUCGCUCGUCCGUUUCCUCCUUGCAGAUCCUGUCCUGGAUCAGAGCACCUUCCUCAGCGAAUCAUCCGCCUAUCGUCCUCCGUGCCCACCAUGCAGCUCCUGUCGCUGACCGCUCUGGUCGCCGCCGCCUUCAUGGCCCGCACUGCCUCGGCAGGCACCCCCUCGACCGACGGCAACUGCGUCUCGGGCCACUACACCUUCACCAACAGCUCCCGCAUCUACUUCAACCCGAUCCCUGGCGACCAUAGCUCCAACGGCCCCUUCCCCGAAGCUCAGGCCCAGCGCAACCUCUAUGACUUUACCCUCGACAACGGCGUCGAGAACGCCAGUUUUGGUCCCGAGGGUCUGAAUGUUACCCUGACCCGCUACACCCUUCCCAACGGCACCAACUGGGCCUGGGGUGCCCAGCUCAGCAGCAACUUCUACAUCAAAUACGGCAAGAUUACGACUCGCUUCAGCGCCCCUCCCAUCCCCGGUCUUGUCACCACGUUUUUCACCAUGUCGGACGUCAAGGACGAGAUCGAUGUCGAAAUUGUCGGCAUCGAGCAGACCGACAUGCAGUCCAACAUCUUCUACAAGGGCAUUGAGGAGUUUGGCCCUCACAUGCAGCGUCUGACCAUCCCCGACGGCGGCAACAUCGGCGGCCUCCAUGACUACACCGUCGACUGGAACAGCCAAAGAAUCAUCUUUUCGAUCGAUGGCGUGCCCCUGCGCACCACCUUCAAGAACGACUCCUUCUCGGCCACCAACGCUACCACGGAUCCUUGGUUCCCCAAUACCCCAUCGUUCGUUCGCCUUACUGCUUGGGAUGCCGGAGACUUUUGGCGCAACGGCACGGCUCAGUGGGCCGGCGGCCCAACCACCUGGAAUGCCCCGUCGUACUCGGCCAUCUUUGCCUACAUCGACAUCCAGUGCUACGACGACAAUGACCAGCCUGUUGCCGCCUGGCCCCCUCAGGCUCUUGCCUCGCUCUCGGCCCACCCCUCUGGCACGGCCACGACCAGCGGUGCUGGCGCCACCGGCUCGCCCCAGUCGACUUCGAGCGCCAGCACCCUCCUCAAGAGCGCCAUUGUGCCCUUGGCUGCUGCUGCCAUCUCGGCCGUGGGCAUGAUGGCAUGGCUCUAGAAGCGUGCGUUGUCCCUGUUUCCCUUUCUCCGCGGCCCCUCCUUCAACUCUCCUCAGACUCUCUGGCCUUCAGCAGCCGAUACCUGACAUAAAAAACAGUCCGUUGUCCGACUCUGUGCUCGCCUCUAUUUCCUGACCCAUCUGGCUGUCUUGCCUUCGUCUAUCAGCCCACUCGUUCAUAUGUCUGUCGGCAGGGCCUCUCUUGACUCUGCUCCUUCAAGUUCGUGUCCAUCGAGGCAGCGGUGUUGUACGAUUGGUCGCCGGAUUCAAGCGACGUAGCAGUAAUCUACGAUAAAUACACAAACUCUGCUCUCCCGUACA